AUGCAGUCUAAGCUUUCGUUUCUUCACCUCUUGCUCGCCACCGUGGGUGCAGGGUACCUCCUCCCAAAUCCGCCAGGGAGUUACAAUGUCACGUUGACGACUGGAUCUAUCACUGACUACAACCGCGACGCCCGGGCAUUGAUGCUGUCCGUCUUUCAACCUAUGAUGUGCGCAUCUACUGUGCCCGUCAUCUACAUGCCCAACAAAACCGCCGAAUACGAGGGGCCAUGGAUCCAGGAGACAUUCAACGUCUCCGUCGAUCUUACACCUCUCUUACUCGGGGCUAGCCUACCGGUGUGUCUGGGUAAUCUCAGUAGCUGCUCACCUCUAGACGACGCCCCUGUCCUACUACUGUCCCCUGGCUACAGAGGUACUCGCCUCUUCUAUAGUGUUCUUGCCUCCGCUAUCGCCAGCAAGGGCUACACAGUGAUUACUAUCGACCACCCCGGAGAGACCAACGCCAUAGUCUAUCCUGAUGGCCAUGCAGUCUAUACCAACCUUUCAAACACCAUAAACAUAGAUGAUUUGACUCCAUACGCAAACACUCGCGCCGCCGACGCAUCCUUUAUCAUUGAUCAGCUGAGCAACGCUACCGCCAUGGCCCAAUUUCUUCCCCAAAACGGGCGUCAACAGUUCCCAACGGACCACAUAGCCAUGGUUGGCCACUCUUUAGGCGGUGCCGCUGCUGUUCUCGCCGCUAUCCAGGACCCUCGUAUUCACAGCGUCAUUAAUUGGGACGGCCCUUUCGUGGGCGCUAUGCCCCCGUCAGGACUAUCUCAGCCAAUACUAUAUGUGGCCUCGGAUCGCGAAGAUGACCCCAGGAUGCUAGCCGUAUGGCCAGAUCUUAAUGGCCCGAAGCUGUGGGUUAAAAUCUCGGGGCUGACGCACGAGGGCAUGAUGGAUUUUCCUUUACUAAUACAGGCGGCCGGACAAGACAUCAAGGCAUUCGAGGAUGUGUUUGGCACAGUUGUAUCAACCGAGAUAGUGGAUAUCAUGAUGGAAUAUACGGCUGAGUGGAUGAAUGGCUCUUUACAGGCGAGAUAG